AUGUUUAUUAAAAUAACAAUAAUUACUCUUUAUAUCGGGUACUGUUUAACAUAUUCUUUAGGUUUUCCACAAGAUUGUGGUAAAUCUAAAGUCAACCACAAUAUCAAUGCUCUAAUAGAUGGGGGAAGUAAUGCAACGGUGGGUGAGUUCCCGUGGCAGGUAUUGCUGGCUGAAUGGCUUAACCAUAAAUGGGACGAUCAGUGCGGAGGCACUAUAAUCACGGAUAAAUGGGUGCUAACGGCUGCCCAUUGCCUAAUGAACAGUCAUAACAAAAGUGAUUAUUUGGUUCGUUUGGGAGUACAUAACCGCACGACACAUGAGAACACAGAAUUUGAUUUUAGUGCCAGUCUUUUAGUAGAGCACCCGGAAUGGGAUGAAUCUAAAGUAACCAAUGAUAUAGCUCUCAUUAAACUUAAUGAAACACUGGAUUUUAAUGGAAAGCAUAAAAACUUGGAACCCAUUUGUCUGCCAAACACUUCCAUUAAAGUAACCGAUAAUUGUCUGGCCGUCGGGUUUGGAGCAAUAAACGCAAAAUCUGAAAGACCAGAAAUUCUUAAGAAAUUAAAUCAACCGAUUGUUGCCUCGAGUUUAUGUGAGAAGGAAUAUUCUGGUGUUUAUAACGACACCAUAGAAGUAUGUACCAGAGCUGAUAGUAAAGGUGUGAGCGGUGUAUGCACUGGUGAUUCCGGUGGACCACUCAUAUGCCCGGGCAGUGAUGGCAAGUGGUAUCAAUUGGGUGUCACCUCAUGGGGUGCUGGAGGUUGUGAUCACGACCAUAAAGAAGAUAGUAGCAACUUAUGUGCAUUGGAUUCAAGAAGUCUCCCACAAGAUUGUGGUAAAUCUAAAGCCAACCACAAUAUCAAUGCUUUAAUAGAAGGGGGAAGUAAUGCAUCGGUGGGUGAGUUCCCGUGGCAGGCAUUGCUGGCUGAAUGGAUUGACAACAAGUGGGAUGACCAGUGCGGGGCCACAAUCAUCACUGACCAGUGGGUGCUAACGGCUGCCCAUUGCUUACUGAACAGUCAUAACGUGAGCCAUUAUUUGGUCCGUUUGGGAGUACAUAACCGCACGACACAUGAGAAUACAGAAUAUGAUUUUGGAGCCUCUCUUUUGGUAGAGCACCCGGACUGGAAUUUUGACAAAUUAGCCAACGAUAUCGCAUUAAUUAAAUUGAAUGAAACACUGGACUUCAAUGGAAAGCAUAAACAUUUAGAACCCAUUUGUCUGCCAAACACUUCCAUUACAACCUCUGAGGCAUGUCUUUCAGUCGAUUGGGACAGACCUGAAAUUCUCAAAAAGCUUAACCAACCAAUAGUUAACUCAAAAGUGUGUACCAGAGCUGACAGUAAAGGUGUGAGUGGUGUAUGUACUGGUGAUUCCGGUGGACCACUCAUAUGCCCGGGCAGUGAUGGCAAGUGGUAUCAAUUGGGUGUCACCUCAAUGUGUGUGGGCAUGGUAGUUAACACACAAAACUGCGGUCGACCUAAAACCCAGUCUGUGACCAACACUUUAAUAGUAGGCGGAGGCAAUGCACUGAAGGGUGAGUUCCCGUGGCAGGCAAUUGUGCUACGAUAUUUCAUAGAUAAGCAAGGUGCAUCGUCUAUUGAGUUAUGUGGUGGCGUUAUAAUAAAUGAGCAAUGGAUAUUGACAGCUGCUCACUGUAUUGCUAAAAGUUCUAACCCUAGUAAAUAUGAAGUCAAAUUAGGUUACCUAGAUCAGCGACACCCUUCUGGUAACGAAUCCACUCAUAAAGUCGACACCUUAAUAUUUCACGAGAACUAUGACCCUAAUCAAAAAGGCCCUCACAAUGACAUCGGUUUAGUCAAAAUUGUCGAUAAAUUGAAUUUUAAUGGAAAGGAUAGCAAUUUAGAGCCCAUAUGUUUGGCCACUAAUGGCAUGAGUUUAAAAAAUAAUUGUAUAGCCACUGGUUUUGGCUAUUUACAUGAAGAUGGACCGACAGCCACGAUUCUGCAGAAAGUGAAUGAACCCAUUUAUGACAUCUCCAAUUGUCAGAGAUUAUUCACGAGAGUGGACAGUAAGACUAAUGUAUGCGCCGGUGGUAAUGGCCGCUCAGGCACCUGUAUGGGUGACUCAGGUGGACCACUACAGUGCGAGGGUAGUGAUGGUCUCUGGUAUGAAGUGGGCAUCACAUCAUAUGGUGUUCCCUGCGGUACCGGUCUAUAUCCAGAUGUAUUCACACGAGUGACUGCUUUUGAAAAGUGGAUUAAAGAUAACAUUGCUAUUUAUUUCUCCCGUUAUGUGCACUUUCGUUGUGGGAAUUCAGAAAUUUGUGGCAAAUCUGGUGUCAAUGAUGUGGACACGGAUUGGAGCGUAGAGGGAGGGGUGGACACAGUGGUGGGUGAGUAUCCCUGGCACGCACUCAUCUCCCCAGGACAGGGCAAACCAUUUUGUGCCGGAGCACUCAUUAAUGACAAUUGGGUGCUAACGGCCGGACAUUGUGUGGUAUUCAUUGAGGACGUCAAGGGAUAUGUCAUACGAUUAGGCGCUCACAACCACAAAGUGAAAGAGAGCACAGAAUCUCAGAUUAAAAUCAAAAAAAUUGUAAUCAACAAAGAGUAUGACAUCGGAAUGAUUACCAAUGAUAUCGCGUUAAUUCAAUUGAAAGAGAAACUGGAUUUCAAUGGAAAGCACAAACAUUUGGCACCCAUUUGUCUCAACAAUACUAACACCGAAGUGACUGACAAUUGUCUAGUGAUUGGCUUUGGUUUAUCCGAUUCAAACAAAGAUAGGCCGCAAGUGCUGCAGAAGUCGAGUCAACCCAUACUCGAUACCAACAUUUGCGCCAAAGUUUACGAUCCCAUGUAUUCGUGGAAUAUAGAGAAUGAGUUGUGUGUUGGGGGCACCUCCAGGGGUGGGUUCACGUCGUGUGUGGGAGAUGGUGGCGGACCCCUUCAAUGCCGGGCCAGUGAUGGCAAGUGGUAUUUGGCGGGCAUUAACUCGUACGGACCCGACCCCUGUGGCAAACCGGGUCAGCCCGAUGUCUAUACAAAAGUUUCCACUUAUAGUGAAUGGAUUAACACUACAAUUAAUUCUAAAUCAAACGCCGACACUAAAUAUGUUAACAAAAAAUAAUUGAUAUUAUUCAACAAAAUACACUCCACUCUCAUAAUAAUAUCUUUUACCAAACAUUACAUGAUUAGGUAUUUUGUAUUCAAAAUGAGUUAAAUUUUAGAAAUAAAAAAUUUAAAUUUAAAAAUUGUUUUACGGUAC